AUGAAGAAAAACAUUGAAACGCCCGCCUACCCCUCGUUCUACAGUCUCCUCCGGGAUAAGCAGACGUCAGGACAAGCCGUUCACUCGCUGAGGAAAGAGCCGACCCGCAGCCCACACUCUCCCCACGAGAAGAUAAAUACAUCCGAAGAUCUUGAGCCCAACCUGACACCGGACAGUUUCACCUGCGUCUUGUACGGUCUCCCAAACUUAAUCGUCCUGUGA